UGUUGGCGGGAGCUACGGUGAGUGGCCCUUGAUUUUAGUGCUGAUCCCACAAAGGAAACCUUAGUCAGUUGCAAAGAGAACGACAGUGUGUUCGCACUAACAUUUGAGAUAGAAACUAGAAAAUGAUUUGGAUCAAGUGCUAGAUUUUUAAAAAACACUCGUCGGAUGUGUAAAGUGCGGAGCAAAAUGUCCAGAAAAAGUUCCCGCAUGAACACCAAAGCAAAAACCACAGAGCAACUUCCAUUAUGCACCAAAAUCAGCCGUAAAAGGAAAGCAGAAGAGGAUCCAGAAGAAGCGAUGGCAUGUGCUAAGAAACGUCAACAUUAUCGAAUUGAGAAUCAAUGGGUCCCAAUAUCAGAAACAACGGCUAUCACAACAUGUUCCAUAGUACCAAGCCCCGAGUCCUCUCCCGAGAGGUUACCCUUGACCUCCGAACUGAUGUUAGGGUCAAAGUUCAGAUUUCAGAAUUAUUACACCACCCCUGUAGAAGUGAGAAAAUCGCCGUUACCACAGUUAGAUUGGGCAGACUCCCAGGAAGUCUGGCACACAAUGCUGAGGAAGGAACUGAACUAUGUACGAGAUCAGAAUAUGUUUGACAAACAUCCUGCGUUACAUGCAAGAAUGAGAGCUAUUUUACUAGAUUGGUUAAUAGAAGUAUGUGAGGUUUACAGAUUACACAGAGAGUCGUUCUAUCUGGCUGUAGAUUUUCUAGACAGAUUUUUGUCGAAACAAAGCAAUUUACAAAAACAUCAAUUACAACUUAUAGGAAUUACAUGCUUAUUUAUUGCUGCUAAAUUAGAGGAAAUAUAUCCACCAAAGUUAGCAGAGUUUGCAUAUGUUACUGAUGGUGCUUGUACAGAAGAUGAGAUUCUAGAUCAGGAACUUGUUAUAUUAAAGGCAAUCAACUGGGAUUUGUCACCAGUGACAGCAAAUGGUUGGUUAAAUAUCUACCUCCAAGUGUCAAAUGUUGAAAACAUACACGGUGGUGAACAUGGUUUUGUCUUUCCACAGUACUCUUCACAUGUGUUUGUACAGAUAGCACGGUUGCUGGACCUGUGUAUACUAGAUAUAGAAAGUUUACAGUUUCAGUACAGUGUGUUAGCGGCAGCGGCCUUGUUUCAUCAAUCAUCACGGGAUCUUGUACUCUCUGUCUCAGGUUAUGAAUGGAAAGAUAUUUUACCAUGUGUUCAAUGGAUGGCACCUUAUGCUGCGAGUGUAAAGGAGCUUGGACCGCUUGCAGUGAAAUUUUUCCCCAAUAUACAGUCUGAAGAUUCUCAUACCAUUCAAACCCAUGUUGUUGAUCUUAAUUUAUUGGAGAAAGCUCAGUUACGUAGAGACGAGGCCAUUUACGUGGAUCAUGGUAGUCCUCCAGAUCAGCAGGCUCAGAUUAUUACACAGUUAACCCCGCCCCAGAGUGACAAGAAAAAUCAUAUAGUGAACUCACCAGAAACUCCUUCUGUGACCCCUGUGACCUGCAGCUGAUAGUGCUUUCCAUUGUUCAUAUAUCUAUCUAUAUAUAUAAAUUAACGAGCCAUAGUUUAUAUGGAAGUAUGUGAAGACGUAUCGAGCCCUCACUUUGACCUUAAAAUGAGUACUAGGGGAACCGACGGUGAAUCGAAGGGGGAAGUGCGUCAUAAAUGAUGAAAUGACCUUAUAUGGAAGUUGUUGACGGUGUAAUAAGAUAAUGCAAAUACCUCACUAUGCAAUGUGGAAUGCUCAGUUACAAAGGACGGGAUAUUAUAAGAGAGAGGACCAAGUAAAAUUAUGGGGACCAGUUUUACAUUCAAGUGCCUUUGUUUUUAUUCCUAGUGCCUUUUUUGUUUAUAUUUUAUGAACAGCAUUUGAAAAUGGGACCAAACGGUGAUGUUGUUUUUUUUAAGUGCGGUGCUUUUACAAUAGUGGUUUCAGUUUUAUAAUACACGAGAAAUAUCUUAACGAAGACAUUGAUAGAAAGAUAAAUUGGUAGCAACUUGAACUCUUAUGUAUACAGUGCCACUUUUGUGGAAUUAGUUGUUCUUAAGUUUAGGGUUCAUUAGAAGAAAGAAUUGUGUUUUAAAAGCUGGUUUUUGUUUUAAGGUACAGACUUUAAUAUUUUAAAGACGAAAAUCUGUGAAAUAUAGAAUGCUUUUUACAUUUAGGUGACUAAAGUAAUGAAGUAAUGUUAUUUUAUUAGUUUUGAUAUUUGAUAAUUUUUAAAUUGUGAUUACACAAUAAUUGAGAAGAAGUUCAGUGAACAUAAUGCUGAAGAAAGCCAAAGAUAACAAGUGUGUUUUAUUUAUGAAACUUUUUAUUUAUUUAUAUGCAUGUUAAUGAUAUAUGCAGGAGAUGAAACAUUAUAUGCAUAUGUCCUUAUAAUAAGGGCUUACAUGCUUGUCUCAAAGGAAAAGUAAAGGCAUAUUAUUGAUUUUUUUAUCGAUAUGCAAAUUUAGGCAUGUCCGACAAAAUUUAUGUUAAAAUGCAGAUGUACAAUGUAUUUUUACAGUCACAUUUUAAGCAUUUAAUGCUUUUAAUGCAUCAAUAUUAUUUUGUUCUUUUUAUAUAUAUAAAUUUGUAUGAAUAAAUUUUAUUUAAUACUUAAUUUUAGCCCUCAAAUGGUCGUAACCACCAUAGGUGUUCAAAUCAAGAUUUUUGUUCAUUAUUUUUUUAUGUUUGUAAAUUUUGAUCUUUCAUUGCAUUACUGCAGACAUAUUUAUUGUGAAUUUAAAUGCAUCAAUUUAUUUAUUCGCACCCCUGAUGUUAACUGUAAUGAAGUUUUGUUUGUAUGUAAGAUGCCUGAAUCCCGAUUUAUGUGAUUUUCUUUGAAGAAUAUGAUGAUGCAAGUUUAUGAGAUAUCGGUAUGCAAAAUAUGUCAUAUAUAUACCGGUAUUCAGAAUCUGUCAUAUACCGGUAUUCAGAAUCUUGAAUUAAUCAGAAUGCAAAGUCUGUAAUACCUGCAUGCAAGUUAUGUCUAAUAUCGGUAAGCAAAAACCAGUAUGCAAAUUGUCUGAUGUCUGUGCAAAAUUUCUGAUACUGGUAUGCAAAAUAAAUUCUUGUUUAGUGACUUUGAAUUUCUCAAUAUCUUCAAGUUAACCUAUGUUUUUCAGGCUCUAGAAAAUGUGUUACUGUGAUGUCAGAUUCAUAAUUAAUACUUCAUAUGUAUACCUAUAUUUUUUUGUUACACCUCUCCUUUUCCAAGGUACUGUAAUUCUACAUUGUUUCCUUUUUCAAUUUAUCAUAACUAAAGACUUGUUUUCUUGAUCAAAUUUAAACUAUCAAAACUCAAACCUUUGUGUUCUUCAAUUAUUUUUUCUUGUCAGUAUUUGCUGUGUGGUGAAAGUAUUUUAAUAUAUGCUUGAUAAAUUUGCUGAGUGAUAGAUGUUCUUCAGAAUUGUAGAAGUUUAGAUUUACACUGUAUGGGUAGUUACAGAUUUAGAUCUGUAUGGGUAGUGUUUUAAACUGUAUGAGAAGUGUUUUAGAUUGAAAUGGUAUGGGAAGUGUUUAACAACAUAUAGCUAACAGUCAUAGUCGACUUAUUUAAAAACCUCACUUUGUGCAAUAAUCAACAUGUAUAAAAGUCUAUUAAUGUUAAAAUGUUAAAAAAAAACUUUAUUUCGGAUUACUUGGUAUUUGGUGUGCAAGUGUUGAGUUGGUUGUAUGUAGAAUUAGUUAUAAAUCAGUCAGGAUUGUUUUGUUAGAUAUUUUUUUGUUGUCACUGUAUAUUGAAUGGUUGAAAAGGAAAAUAAAUGUUUGACUGACAUGAUUGUGCAUAUAAAAGAGUUAAAACAUUACCUCAUUAAAUUAUAUGUCCCAUUUUGAAAUAGAUUUUUUUCAUUUUAAUUGGUGUGUUGUCUUGUAUUUGAAACUUGGGGUAUGAAAUCUGUGGUUUUCAGACUCGACUAAGUAAAUUUAUAUCUUGAAAAGUUUGUGAAAAUAUAUUUAGAAUAUAUAGAAACAAAUUCUUGAACAUCAUAAUUUAUUUGAGUAAAAAUACCAAUUAAAUACAACAAAUACCAAUUAAAUAUGAAAUGACAAUACCAAUUAAAUAGGAACUGAAAAUACCAAUUUAAUUAAAAAAAAUUAUAGUUGCACAUUGAAAAUACAUUGUAAACAAAAAUGUUUUAAAAUUCAAUAAACAUUAGUUUAUUAGUUUAAUAUUAAACUUUCUGAAAUUACCAAGAGGAUAAAUAAAAAUUGCAUUUACAUAUAGUAUGUUAACAUUUGAAGAAAAAAAAAGGUAAAAAUGUUUUAAAUGUUUAAAAAAAUAUUUAAGUGUAUAAAAGGAAUAAGUUCAAUUUAAGUGUGUAUUGGUUUAUGUUAUCUUCAGUGAAAUUUUCUUAUUUUCAUUGACAAAAAAGUGGUUCUUUUUGUUAUUAUGUAUUGCAAUUAUAAUGUUAAAUGACACUGGUGACUAAAUUAUUGUAGAUAAUAUGUUUGUUAUUUUAUUUCUAAUUAAGUAGUACAAAUUUGACUGUGAAUUAAUUUAAAUAAUGUAUAAUAAGAUUUGAUCAAAAUGUAAAAAUGUUGAUUAAUCGGGUAUAUAUGAUACAGAUAUUGAUUAAAUUUUGUUUAUUGUGUUAAAUAAUGAAAAUGACUUGAACUAUAUGAAUGUGACCAAAUGGUUUACCUUAAAGUGUCCAUCCUGAACCUUGGAUCCUUCUAAGGUCAUUAAUUAAAAAAAUUGAAAUUUACUUCAUACUGGUACUGGUUGGUGAUACAAAAACCAAGUAAUACUGUAUUAGUGAUAUUCAUAUAAAUUUUAAUGUACAUGUCAUUAAAUAUGAACCAAGGCUAUAAGAAAAUUAAGAUAAAAAUGAGAUCUUUUCAUUAUCAGAUGGCCCAGUCAUAAAGGUUAUUAACUAUGACUCACUUGUGGUUUUCGGUUCUUACGCUGACAUGUGAUGAUGUUGUCAUUAACUCUACUGCCCUUCUCAUGCCAAAAUUACUGCAUAGAGGGGCACAUAAGGUCUCCUUUACACAAAAAAGGAAGAAAAAAAGAAGAAAAAUAAAAAUGCUUGAAAAUAACCCAAUUGUAAUAUAAUGGCUGGGUUGGUUUUUCUUUAAGAUUGCAUGGUGUUUGCAUUUGCUCAACUUUAUUAAAGGAUGGUAGAUAAUUAAUAUGCAAUCUUCAAGAAUUUGUCUGUUAACUCACUGAAACCAUCGGAUAUUUUAUGUAUAUAAUAGAAAGAAUAGUAAAGUGAAUUUUCAAAAUGUAUUUGAAGAUCAGGAUUUUUUUUUUUUUUUUUUUGAUUUUUUUUUGGUCUCGCUCAACAUAAGAUAUUGUUUCUAAACAUUUUGAUGUGAUUUUCACAAGUUAUUACAUGUUCUGGUAUGUUAAAGUAAUGCUUAUUGCAUAUUGUAAUAAGAAAUCAGGAAAAUUUGUUGUAUGCUUGCGUAAUGUAUCAAAUAAUUAUACCACAAAGUGUUCAUAUUUGUGUUAUGCAAAUUUACAUUGAUAAUCAGAUAAUGUAGAAAAAUAGUUUAAGAUAAUUUUUAAACUGCCAAUGUUCAAAAAAAAAAAUGCAUGAAUUUGUUCAGAAAUCAUACCUGUGUGUUAAAAUAUAUCAUAACCAAUGUGUUCAAAUUUUUCAUAGUCAAUGUGUUCACAUUCGAUUAAUGGUGUGUUCAAAUAUGAUAAAUGGUGUGUUCAAAUAUAUGAUAUUCAAUGUGUUCAAAUCUUAUGAUUUCCGGUUGAUGUGUUCAAAUACAAUGAUAACCAAUGUGUUCAAAUACAAUGAUAACCAAUGUGUUCAAAUACGAUGAUAACCAAUGUGUUCAAAUACAAUGAUAACCAAUGUGUUCAAAUUUGAUAAAUGAUGUGUUCAGAUAUUAUUCAAUAUGUUUUCCAGUCAUAAUUUUUUGUAUUUUUUUAUUAUCAUUUUAAUAUUUUUUUUAUAUAAAUACCAUACUUAGAUUUAACCAGAGGCUCUCUAAUCAUACUGUUUUAGUUGAUUUAACUUAGUAUCUACAUAUAUAAAAUAUAAGUAGCACCGUUUUUUUCGUACACAAAAUGGUGCCUCUUACAUCAGUUCUUCAUAUCUUUUUGUUGUCACAAAUUCAUAUAUUUUUGUACAUUUUUUUUUAUAUUCAUUCACAAAGUUGUUGCAGAAAAAUGGAAUAUAUCAAAAAAACUAUGUGCACAAAUAUGUUCUGUUCAGCUAUUUUAAAACCAGUGAUUGAGGUUAUUCAUUUUCAUAGAAUAAUGUUAGAUUUAUUUUCAUUAUUUCAUUUUCUAAUCUCCAAUCUUUCGGGUAAAUAAAGGCAUGAAAUCAUGAGAGAAAAAAACCCAUCUGAUUAGUUCCUAGGUUUCAAUGCAAAAAUUGUAGAACUAUGCAUUCUGAGGCAUUAUAUGUAUUUUAUUUUAUUUGCACAUAAACUUAUACGAGUCGUGUCACGACAAAACCAACAUAAUGGGUUUGCGACCAGCAUGGAUCCAGACCAGUCUGCGCAUCCGCGCAGUCUGAUCAGGAUCCAUGCUGUUCGCUAUCAGAUUCUCUACUUGUCAUAAAGUUUGUAAGCGAACAGCAUGGAUCCUGAUCAGACUUUGCGGAUGCGCAGACUGGUCUGGAUCCAUGCUGGUCACAAACACACUAUGUUGGUUUUGUCGUGACAUGGCUCAUAUUAAUUUGAAUGAAAAACUGAUCAAUGCACUUAAUUAAUCUUGUUAUAGUUAUACCAAAAACCAAUAAGUAAGAGACAACUUUAAAUCUCUUGUGCUUUUUCAUUCAAAUGAAAAGUUUAACUAGUUACUCCUCAUUUUCGAAGUAUUUCAGUAAUUGGUUAAAAAUAGAAACAAGAAUAUAUUUAAAAUCUUUCAGUUAAAGUAGUAUAGUAUGAAAUAACAGGCAACAUUUGAAUUUUCAUUUAUUUUCUUGUUAAUCUCUGCAAUAUUCAUAAGUUUUUUAAGGAAAUGUUUCAUUUCAAUGAAUUUUUGUAACCUACUUUAAUGACUAAUUUAAUGUACAGAUUCAUUAUGCUCUAGAAUAUACUAUUGUAUUUAUUAGUCAGAAAUUACUAACGUCUUUCUCUAGUGUCAACUAAACUUAGCCAACAAUAUUAGUAAUUUUCACUUAAAACACAAAUAUUACCCAAUUAUUCUCUUUCAAGUUCUAUAGUCAGUUUUAAACUUACAUGGUAGUAAACUUUUUAUUUUCCUUCUUAUCACAUAAUUAUAGUCUUUUUCAAAGUAUGUUGUGUGGUUUGAAGUUUUAGAUGAAAUAAUUUUAGGUUGUUUGCUGUUGACUGAUUCUUAACAAUAAAUGAUUUUGUUUUUAAUUAUUUUUAAAUGUAAUAUAUUGUCAGCAAAAAUAAAACAAAACAACGAAAUGCUCAA